CCACAAUGUGCCCGCUAGCAGAAGGCACAGACAUCUUUCUGUGCGUUUCGGAGAGGCCAGGCGGGCUGUGCGCGGCCCCGCUCGGAGCUCAGGUGUGCAGCAAGUGAAAAACUCCGCGAUUCCCAGCAAGCAAUGGACCAAGAUUCACACUGCACAGCAGAAAGGGAACUGUUGGAAGCUGUAAGCAGAAUUACUACAUCUUCUACCACAAGUCCAUCUGAUGAAGAAGAAAAUGAACCCAAAGCUGAAAUUUCAUGUCAAGUGAGAAGAGAAAACCCAGAAAAAGAUGACACGCAAGAUUGCAGUGCAACCCUAAGUCCCAACUCUUCGAUGACCACUAAGGAGCUUCAGGAAUACUGGAGGAAUGAAAAACGCCAGUGCAAACAAAUCAAACUCCUUUUUGAAAUCCCAUCAACCAGAAUUGUAGAGCACCACUUAUCUAAAUAUGUGAUGUAUAAAAUCAUCAUUUUGCAAACAGGGAGUUUUGACAGCAACAAGUCUGUAAUUGAACGGCGUUAUUCAGAUUUUGAGAAACUGCACAGAAAUCUGCUGGAAGAAUUUAGCGAAGAACUGGAAGAUGUAACCUUUCCCAAAAAAACUCUAACAGGAAACUUCACAGAAGAAAUAAUCAAUGAAAGAAAAUUAGCCUUCAAGGACUACCUGAGACUCCUAUACUCUAUGAAAUACAUCAGAAGAUCAAAAAAAUUCAUUGACUUUUUAACAAGGCCGGAGCUUCAGGAAGCAUAUGGUUGCCUGCGGGGUGGCCAGUACACCAAAGCUUUGGAAAUCCUUUUAGAAGUCAUUGGGCUGCAGGAAAGGCUGACAAGAGGGAACCCUGUUGCAAUUGUCCCUACUCUCUGUGCCAUCGUGGUGUGCCACAAGGACCUGGAAAACCCAGCAAGUGCCUUUGAAUAUGGAGAAAAAGCUCUGUCUCGCCUUUGUGUGCACACCAGCCACAGGUAUUACAUGCCGCUGUUAGAAACAAUGAUCACUCUGGCAUAUGAACUUGGCAAGGAUUUUCUGUCUUUGCAAGAAAAACUGGAAGAAUGGAAGACAAAGAAAGAUCCCAUACGGGUUUUUACCCUGAAAGAACUUGCAGUUCGGGAGUACGUACGAUGAACACAAGAAAAAAUUAAUGAAAGAGAAA